AUGGUACAUUAUAAGCUGUUAUAUUUUCCGAUUCGAGGUCGAGCUGAACCGAUCCGAUUGCUAUUUCACUUUGCCCAAGUUCCCUUUGAAGAUGAGAUUAUCACUUUCGAAAAAUGGCCAAGUCGGAAAGCUGGUUUGAUUUGA